AUGGCCUCCCAUGAUAACAAAUUCACAUCCCCCUCUGGCGCCGCCAUUGCAGAGAUCCACGGGGAGCUCCUCUCAGAUCUCGAUCAGCAAGUCUGGGAUAUUCUCGCAGCAACAGCCUCUGCUCACCCUGACAGAGAAGCAAUAGUCUCUCUCUGGCAGCCUGCAGAUGCUACCCAAUCAUUGGAAGAUGCCAGUCCGAUCGCGCAAUCGCAAUGUCUCAGAUGGUCGUAUGGAAACCUCCGGGACAAAGCUGAGCGUCUGGCCGCCACUCUAGAGAAGCUGGGCGUUGGCCCCGGCAUGCACAUCGCCGUAGUCCUUUGGAACUGCGCAGAAUGGGGCCUCUUCUUCUGGGCCUGCGCCAAGACCAGGGCCACAUUCAUCCCCAUCGACGCUCGUGCGACAGAUGACUUUGCUUAUAUGCUGGAGUCAACCACACCGCGGGUACUGGUGGUCCAGGAUGCAGACACGGCGGCGCACCUGACCAAGCAAAACGUUAGUCUCCCGAAUAUGGUCCUCCGUAUCCAUUGCGGGAGGAGUGGCACGGCCGAUGGCUGGACGAGCCUCGACGACCUCCUGGCUCGGGAUUCCUCAUUUCAGGGGGAUCAGUGGCCUGGUGACACAGACGACGAUCAAGGACCGCCCCGAGCCAACGGAAUGCGCGGGAGGGACGGUGACGAUCCCGCCCUCAUUGUCUUCACGAGUGGAACCACCGGGAAGCCCAAGGGAUGCCCUCUCACAAGCCGCAACCUGGUGUCGCAGACCUACAACUACGAUCCCAACGUCGACCCGUCGUUUGUCGACCGCUGGCUGGUCCACACGCCGGUGUGCCAUGUCUUUGCCAUCAACAACGCGCUUCGUGCGUGGCGGCACGCCCACACAGUUGUCUUCGCCGCAAAGUCUUUCCAUAUUGACGCCACGCUGAGGGCCUUGGUGGAGGAGAAGUGCACUGUCAUGUCAGCCACGCCAACUCUGGUCAAGGCCCUGCUGUCUCAUGGCUCCUUUCCAAGUCCCCGGGAACUGAACCUGUCUAUUGUCUCGAUUUCAGGGACAAUGGUUGGGCCAGAGCAUGUGCGUCUCUGCAAAGAUGGGCUCGGUUCGCGAGAUGCUAUACAAGCGUACGGAAUGAGUGAAGGAGCACCAAUCAUAAGUUGGUCGCGCCAAGAUGAUAUGCUUGUAGAUGGAUAUCAUCCAGGGGUUGGAAAAGUCCUCUCUGGAGCUGCAGUUCGAGUUUGUCGCCCUGGCGGCCGAGAAGUGCUCUCUCGAAUGCAAGUUGGAGAGCUCCACAUCUCUGGCUCGUCGGUAAUACAUGACUAUUUUGGCGGUGUUCAUGAUGACGAAGAGAAAUUCUAUAAUGACAAGUCGGGAAGGUGGCUAAAGACGGGAGAUCAAGCCAUGAUUGAUGACAAGGGAGUUGUCUACAUCCUUGGUCGAUACAAUGACUUGAUAAUUCGAGGAGGCGAGAAUAUCAACCCUUGGAAAAUCGAAUCGGCGUUAUCUGAGAUUCCAGGUCUUGAGCAGGCGUUUGUUGUAGGAGUGCCAGAUGACAUUGCCGGUCAAGUCGCUAUUGCUAUUGUCAGGCUCUCUUCAAAGGUACCCAAGACCAAGAUGAUGGAGAAGGCAAGACUCUUGGGCCCUCAGUAUACGCUCGAUGCUGUGUACACGUUUGCAGAGUUGGGCCUUGAGAGUAUCCCGACAACUUCCAUCGGAAAGCCUAAAAGAAUUGCGCUGGCCAAUACUGUAGCACAAAAACGGCUUGCUGAGAAAAGCCAAAGCUCAAAGACUGAAGGUCAAGAUGACCAAGUAGCGAUAGUAGAAGAAGGCUUGGGGGGAAUAUGGGAACAGCUGAUGGGAGUUCGACCAAAUAGGACAGACGACGUUUUCUGCUUGGCUGACAGCAUCACACUGCUUCGAUACUGCGACGCUGUUCUCCGAGCAUACGGAAAGCGCAUUUACCUUCAGGACCUGAGUAGAUGCAACACCAUCGAAACUCAGGCUAAGCUGCUAAUUACCAGAGAUGCAUCACCAAGAGCAGGGGUUGGAAUAAUGCAAAACCCCAUGGGUCAGAGCGAUGACCACAGAGCCCUCUCUAGGAGAGAGCAAGGAUACAGCUUCAAUCAACGUUUGGUCUCCAAAGUCGAGGCUGUUGAUACUUUGGCCGCGGCACAAGAUCAAGUCGAGAGAUUCGACCUUGACAGAUCCGACGUUGAAGACAUCAUCCCCAUAAGACACUCCAUGUACCGGGCAGUCGUUGGUCAACGAGCACAGUCAUAUCGUACCCGUGUUGUCUUUCGAGUCCACAACGCAACCAUUUCUCACAUCUAUGAUGGACUGUUCAAAUGGAUGGCGAAUAGACCUCUCUUGCGGACAAUUCUCUUGGGCGUUCAAGGACGGCUCUAUCAUAUCAUCGUGCGCCACAACCACAACAUCUUUCAGAAACUGGUUCACGAGGUCACUGCAGAAACGGAAAAAGAAGCAAAAGAUGCUUAUGAAGAUGGCUCUACAAAUACUCACUCUCCGAUGCUCAUGUUCAACGCAACCAUCAUCAAGGCAAAAGAAACAGGGCGAUACCUCCUUUGCCUGACGUACAAUCAUUCUAUAAUGGAUGCCUUGACGCUCCUUUCUUGGCACCGAGACAUUGACCGGCUCAUACACAAUUGCAACACGGUCAUGCCCACACAAACUCCGUAUCGACUGUUUGCAGACUUGUUUGCGGGUUAUCAAGAGAGCCUGCUCGCUCAACAAGCAAUAUCGUUCCACGUGCAGAGGCUGAGAGGCAUUUCCCGAUACAAGAAGGCAAUAUGGCCCAAGCAACGCGCCCCCGGAAUGAUGAUUGCCGGUGACCAAGACUCGUUCUACUUCUCUGAGCGCCAAAAAUCCAGAGAUGACAUAUGGAAAGGAGAGUGGCAGGCAAGAGCCCAAGAGUUUCGAUUCCCGCGCCGAAGCAGGAUUGUUCGCUUGCCGGGCCUGUCUAAAUUGCGCAGCUCAUAUAAUCUGGGACCAAUGCUGUUCACAAAGUGCGCCUUGGUGCUAUUCAAUGUGAUUCAGACAAAGUCAUCAGUUGCGCUGUUCAAUUCGUGGGAGAGCGCUCGUUCAUGGCCAUUCGUGCCCGACUGGAUAGCAAAUGCGCUUCAACCACCCAUGAGCAUUGACGGCCCGACAGUCGAAUGGAUCCUCAACAUGUUUGAAGUGAAUGACGACGAGGUUCUCGCAGACUUUAUUCGCCGCAUGGUACUUGAACAAGAGGACAUCGACCGCCAUGAACAUGCGCCGUGGGAGAAGAUUGUGCAGGAGCUUCGAGAAGAAGGCGAGAUGGCAACAAAUGCGUCAUUCCGACAAUCGUUUGUGUGGGACGUGAGCAUGGGAGUCGCAGCGUCUCGAGGCUUCCGCAGUGAUUUCGAUACUCUGGAGCCAGUGGCCAAAUACGACUGGCCAGAUUGUGGACUCUUUUGGAGCGCCUUCAUGGUUGAUCAAGAGAACAUCUUCUUCAUUGCCUCGUGGGACACAGCACAGCUGAAUGCGGAAGAAGUAGACGGGUAUUGUGAUGGUCUGGCAGAUGUAAUGAGGAGGCUUGCUGACGAGAAUAACUGGAAUCGAAGAGUGGGAGAGGUGUUUAUGUCUACCUAUUGA